GCACUUGUAGAAAAGCCUCUUAUAGUUGCACUAAAGUCUCUUAAAAAUUCUCAACAACUCAGUGAGGAAUUCUUGGAUGAGUUUAAGCGUCAUGGUAGUCUCAAACUGGAUGGUUGUGGUUACGUUGUUCAUUGUCACGGUGUGACACGCAAUCCAGAGACACAAGAGUAUAUGAUGGUUAUGAAUUAUGCUGAAGAUGGUGAUUUUAGACAUUAUAUACAGAAAAAUAUUACUACCCUUCGUUGGAAGGAUGCCGUUGAAAUGUUAUGUAGCAUCGCAAUGGGUCUUCUAAAUGUGCAUAAAAAUGGUACAUUCCAUAAAAAUUUGCAUUGUGGCAACAUUUUAAAGUUUUUUAGUUGUAACAUCGCAGAUCUCGGUUUGUGUGGUCCAAGCAAUCCCUCAGAACCACGAGGGGUAUAUGGUUCCUUACCAUUUGUUGCACCAGAAGUUCUAGCUGGUGACUCAUUUUCUGCAAAAGCUGAUAUAUAUAGUUUCGCUUUCAUAAUGUGGGAAUUAUCUUCUGGUCGACCCCCCUUUUCAGAUAGACCACAUGAUCAUUCAUUAGCAUUAGAAAUUUGUCAUGGUUUCCGAGAGGCCAUAGUGCCCGGUACACCAUUAUUCUAUGAACAAUUAAUGGUAAAAUGCUGGAAUGCAGAUCCAUCAUUGAGACCUGAUGCUGAAGAAAUUGUAGAUAUAUUAUUGAAUCCAUAUGAUUAUCAACGUCGUCUUCUUGGUUUAGAUGAAUUUACAAUAAAUAGCGCAAACAUUGACGACGUUGAUCAGUUUGAACAGACCUUAGCAUCACACAUAUCAAGUACAAAAUACCCGGUCUCUCCGGACAUACAUCCAUUUGCAAUUUAUAAUAGCCGUUUCCUAUUAUUCCCAAAUUUACCAACACCACAGAAUUCAUUCUCAAUGAUAAAUCUCAACAAUAUUCCCUACAAUGUGAUGAUGAAAUAA